UUUGUCCGCUGUUGGGGUGUUGGCCGCGGCCGCCGGUUUGGGAUAAUAAGUAUUUGUAUACACUGCCUGUGCAUUUUCACAACCAUUUAAAUUACCCCUUGUUGCACGGGGAGUCAUUUGAUACCCUAAUCGUGGAAGCUUUCGGGUGGAGUUCUGCGUGUGCAAUGGGUAGGAUGAGCCGGUGACAAGCGAAGUUGUGACAAAAACCAAGAUCAUCACGGAUUUUCCGAGAUCUACUGGACAAAUUUGCAAGAAUGAAUUGCCAGCUAUGCCCGGUGGUUGUGAUCCUGCUGCUCAGUUCAGCAUCUGGAAAUCGGAUUUGGGAGACAAUUUACCAGGAUCUGGAUGCGACAUACAGCUGCUUCACUAUCACCAAUGCCACACAUGAGUUUGGAUGCAGAGCCGACUUCUCCGGCAACGUGGGCCUGCUGCGCGUGGCGAACACGUCGGCGGCGCUGGAUCAGCUGCUGGCGUCAGACAAUAAGUUGCCAUAUGUGGUGGUGUUGCCUCGGUCGCAGUUCAGCGUGGCCACCCUGCGCCAGCUGGAGGCCAUGACGGCCGAUCCGAACAGAGGUGACGUCAAGGGUGUGCUGCUGACGCUGCCCGACGGCAGCUGGCAACCCGACACCUUCCAGUUCUCCGAGGACGACGUCUGGCCCAACCGCGUCUCCAGUUUUUACCAACCGGACAAGAACCCGAAAGAAUACAACUACUCCCUACACAACCCGUGGAACCCGGCCGGCUCAGGCAUGUUUAAGCGGCACUGGAGCUUUCCCAUCAUCCUGCUGAAGAACGAGUCGCAGAUCAGGGACGUGUUUGAGUGCCACUCGCGCUACAACGCGGCUGACGCUGGGUGGCCCCACUGCGCGGCCGAAAUGCGCACCUUCAUGUCGGCCGCCGGCAACACGGAGGUCUGCUGGCGUCGCACCCAAGACCAGUACAUCAACACCAAGAAUACCGUCUACUGCAUGCCCAUGGGCUCGGUCAACGUGUUCGGCACGUUGCUGCCCCGCGGCGGGCCGGCGCCGGCAGUCGCCAACGGCGCCACGCUGCUGCUGGCGGCGCGCGCUGACGGCGCCACCAUGUGGGACGCGCUGGCGCCGGCCGCCGACUCUGCCGCCGUCGGCAUGGUGGCGCUGGUGUCGGUGGCGCGUGCGCUCGCCCACAUGCCGACCCCGCAGCAACCGCGUAUGAACGUCAUGUUCAUGCUGUUUAGCGGGGAGAGUUUCGACUACAUCGGCUCGGACCGGUUCGUGUACGACAUGGCACACGACAAGUUCCCGCCGCUGGCCGUGGCCGAGGAGGACGAGGCGGCCGGCUCCGUCACGCGGCCGCCGCUGCUGCACCUCGGCGACGUGGAUACCUAUCUGGAGCUGAGUCAGCUGGCGCGCGCGCGCCAGCUCUACCUGCACUCGGACCCGGUAUCGCGCGCCGCCGACGCCCAGGUCAACCAGAAGGUACAGCAGCUGAUGCAGCAGCUGACGCACUUCGGCGCCGCCAACAACCUGCCGUUGGCCGAGGUGGGCGCCGAUACGCCGCUGCCGCCCGCCUCGCUGCACACGCUGCUACGCGCUAACGCCAGCGUGCCGGGUGUGGUGGUGGCCGACCACGCGGCUGCCUACACCAACAGCCACUACCACAGCGUGUACGACGUGGCGUCGACGGUGGGGGCGGAGGCGGCGGCCGCUGACCUGGUGGAGCACCUGAGUCGGCUGACGCGGACAGUGGCCAGCGCCGUUUACGCCACCAUGUCGGGCCAGGAGCCUCCGCCUGUCGAAGUGGACCCGGAGUGGCUGCGGGGCCUGAUCGAGUGCUACCUGCAGCGCUCCAACUGCUCCCUGUUCCGGGGCGUCAUGGACGAACAGCUGAGCCAGAAGCCGCUGCGCGAGGAGUGGCAGAAGGACGUGCCGAUACCCACAUACGUGUCGGUGGCGGGCCAGCUGACGCGCCACUCGUACCUGAUGGAGCUCACGCAGAACAUGCUGGCGAACGCGACGGGCACCACGCUGGCCAACGUCACCAGCGCCGACCAGUGCGCCGAUGACAAGGACAAGGUGUACGUGCAUCGCUGGCUGCUGCGCGAGCUGGAGAACGGCACGCUGCAGGGCUACUGCACGCGCUCGCUGGUCAGCUUCUCGCGCGCCGUCAGCCCCGCCUUCGAAAUAGACGACUACGACUGGGCGUCAGGCGCGCACCCGUCCUGGGCCGAGUCCCAGUGGGUGACGUUCCAGCUGCGCCUCUUCCUGAAGCCGUCGCUGGGCCACGACGUGCUGCACCUGCUGCUGGGGUUGGUCGUCACGGCGCUGGCCACCGCCGCCGUCCUGCUGCUGGAGCGGCGCGCCGAUCUCGUGUUCACCUCGCCCAGGUACGAGAUCCAGAGCUAGGCCGCCCGCCAACCCGCCGCUGUCGGCAGAUCCGGGGGGCUGCGCGCCGCCGGCGCCGACCGCC